AUCCAGUGAUAUCCAUAAGGGUGCAGUUCAGCACAGUACCAGCCUGAUGAUGAACGCAUCCAUGCACGCUAAUGACUCAGUUUUUCUUCCGGAGCUGUUCUAUCGACACUCAGCUGCAAUGACUGCUGUCUACUGCAUUGCGUAUCUUCUGGUCUUCGCUAUUGGAAUUGUUGGCAAUUUCUUUGUAAUCGCGGUGGUUUUUCGGUCGCCGCGUAUGCGAACCGUCACCAACUUCUUCAUUGUUAAUUUGGCUGUUGCUGAUAUUUUGGUGAUUGUCUUCUGUCUGCCUGCGACUCUGAUGUCCAACAUUUUCGUCCCCUGGAUGCUCGGCUGGUGGAUGUGCAAAACUGUGCCCUACGUGCAAGGAGUUUCUGUCGCUGCUUCCGUCUAUAGUUUAGUGGCUGUGUCGCUAGAUAGGUUCCUGGCGAUUUGGUGGCCGCUGAAGUGCCAAAUCACCAAAGGCCGCGCCCGGAUCAUGAUCAUGCUGAUCUGGUGCGUCUCCCUCACCAUAACCGUUCCGUGGGCGAUUGUCUUCGACAUGGUGCGCAUCUAUAGCGACGUGCCCGAAGUGCAGCUCUGCAUGGAGGUCUGGACUGAUCCAAUCGACGGCUCCUUCUACUUCCUGAUGGUGAAUUUCGGCUUCGGCUACAUUCUGCCGAUGAUUCUCAUCACCAUGUGCUACGUGCUGAUCUACAUCAAGGUGUGGAAGCGCCACAUUCCCACCGACACAAAGGACGCCCAGAUGGAACGGAUGCAGCAGAAGUCCAAAGUGAAAGUGGUGAAGAUGCUGGUGGCUGUCGUUAUUCUGUUUGUGAUUUCCUGGCUGCCGCUCUACGCGAUUUUUGCCCGGAUCAAGCUGGGCGGAGAGAUCGAGCAAUGGGAGGAGGAUAUUCUGCCGAUCGCCACGCCCAUCGCCCAAUGGCUGGGCGCCUCCAACUCCUGCAUUAACCCGAUUUUGUAUGCGUUCUUCAACAAGAAGUACCGCAAAGGGUUCGUGCAGAUCAUCAAAAGCCGCAAAUGCUGCGGCAGGCUGCGCUACUACGAAACCGUAGCCAUGAUGUCCUCCUCCACCAGCAUGCGGAAAUCUUCGCACUUUUACAACAACAAUUCCUCGAAAAAAGGCCCACCGAUUACCGAUACCACUGUUUCGUACAUAUCGAACAACACCGGGGUUUAAGCUCUGGAAACGAGCUCCCUUUUGCUGAUUAUCCUCCUCAGGAACAGCCGGAUUUUUGCGGAGAACCGAUCGCCUACGAUGGAAGGAGCAUGGCCCCUGGACUGACAGCCUAAGAGAUCCAAUCUAUUCAGGCCAGUUAGGAUUUUAUGACUAGUACAUGUAUUGUAUUGUGAUCGCACUCACAAAUGAACAUUGGCAGAAACAAGAGAACAUAUUUUCUAUAACUUUUUCGCUAGAGGAAAUAGCUUUUGGUAAUUUUAAGCUUUAACAAUAAUGUACAGAUUUAUGUUAGGGCGUGUUCAGGCUUGGACCGCUUGUUCUAAGUGAAAUGAACCGACUGGAACCCGGAAAAGUGUGCUGUUUGCUUUCAUCUAGAGCAAGCUCUUCAUUCUGAUAAUUUGAGGGAACGCCGCUGUACCGGGUGGUUUCCAUCAAGAUUCUCAACAGAUUUUACAGUGACAUGAUUAGGUUUACAGUGACAUGAUCAUCUUCACUUUUACAGCGUCUACGAAUUCUUCAUCAGUAUCUUCUUCAUACUUCACCGUUGCUUGGAAAGUUUCCUCGUUUUCCUCAGCUCUUUUGUCAAAGUUUUCUUUGCUUUCCAUGGAUCAAUCAGUUUAAAUGUGUCAUUGGCUAGUCCUGUAAGCAGCGUAGAACACGCUGAUCUUGAGCUGCUCUAUUUAAAAAGUCUGUGGGGUCCAGUUC